GACUUUUUUUGACGGUCGGGCCACGCAAUCUGAUUGGGCGGACAGCGCGAUGGCGUAUGGCGGCGUCGGAUGGGCCUCGACGGAUGGAAGGCUGUGGUGGCCAGUAUACCUGUGCGACCCGCAUAUGCUGGCAGACGAGUUGCAUAUAUUAGGCAAGACCCACCACCGUGCAGUCCAAGCGCACAAGAAGAAGCACACUCCUGUGGUGUACUACCUUGGAACCUAUGAGUUCGAGGCGGGCAAGGCACAAAUUAAGGAAUGGUUCUGCCCAGAGUUCGACCACUUCGCACAAGAACCAUCGUUGCCAGAGCGAGCACGAGAUGACUGGUGUCGCGCUCUCGCAGAAGCUCAGAGAAUUCGAGUCAAUGGCGUGGUGCCAUACCUGCUGCCCUCCGACUUAAAUAAGCGGCUGUCGCAACCGCGUCGAACAUGCCCUGCGACAGAGGGGUCAAUUAUUUGGAUUUAUACCCGAGGAUUUCCGUGGAGACCAUGCUUCGUCCUCGAUCCCAUGUGCUUGACCUUUACCGGAGGCCACGAACACUUUCAUCAAUUUGUGCGGCUCGCUCAAAAGGAACCCGACACGUACAUGCUGCUGUAUUUCUUUGGCAACGACAAAGUGCAACUACGCAACAGAAGUCGAGCGGAAAUGAAAGCGUGGGAAUGCCCUGAGCACGAUGGGUUUCUUCGAGGCAUUCCGCGAACUGCACAGAGCCGCGGCGAAUUACUUGUAGCUGUUCAAUCUGCAAAGCAAUUUUUGCAAGCGGGGUGUGACCUCAACACCCUUGUUCUUCCAGGGAUCACUAUCCAUCGACAACCGCUGCCAAGACCCCCGUGUCCUCCCCUUACUUCCGACGUGGUUCCCCCCAGUCCCCUGUCUAAGAAACCAAAAACCAGCAAGUCAUUGCAACGUCAACAAAGCGCGCUCGAUGCCAUGACUCUCGUAACCAAGUCAAGCCCUUCUCCACGCUCCUCCAACGGCAUCAUGAAGAUACUUACUUACCCUUGCGGUAUGGCGUGGGCCAAGUUACCAACGAUGUGGACCCCAAUCAUCAUGUGCCAGCCCGACGAAUGGCGCGACGAACGAGCACGGGGACACGGGAAACGAUACAAUGACGAUGCGUAUUUUUUUGCAACCCGCUCCAUUCGUAAAUGGCGAGGCCGUGUAAAGCCGUGGAGGACGCCCAAGAAUGGAGCAUUCGCCGCAGUGUUGACAAAUGUCGGGUUGCAUGACGUUUACGUCGAGGCAAUGGUUCGAAUUUAUUGCGACGCUGACGUCUCUUAUCGUAUAAAUACUUGAUUUAUAGGAGUAUUUCGCCCAGUACGAAAAACUAGAGCGAGUUUUAGCCGUGCAUCAAUCGAUUCGGGCGUUGUGCCCGACUUGACCAACUUCUUCGCAAUUCACAUGGGUGCACCUGUCCAGACACACAACUUUCGAACUCAGGACCCCCCAGAUAUCUGCCAUGUCAUGCUUUUUCUUGGCACUUUUGAUCACAGGAAUUGUCGUAAAUCGUCUUUUAUUCAAGUACACACUGCGCUGCGGGAACGAUUCGGUCGAGUGCACAAAGUCAACCCAAG